ACUUGGGGGUGACAAUGCGUGAAUACAAUGAAAACAAGGAGACAUGUGGGACCAUCUGUCUCAAAUAUCUGCUCUUCAUCUUCAACUUCUUUUUCUGGCUGGCGGGUGGUGCUGUGAUGGCAGUAGGCAUCUGGACCCUGAUAGAAAAGAGUGACUACAUAAGCCUUCUGCAGUCCAAUACGUACAUGGCAACAGCCUACAUCCUGGUGGUGGCAGGCGUUGUCGUCAUGAUCACUGGCAUCUUAGGCUGCUGUGCCACAUUCAGAGAGCAGCGGAACCUGCUGAGAGUGUAUUUUAUAUUGCUGCUGUGCAUCUUCCUCCUUGAAAUAAUUGCUGGAAUCCUGGCCUAUAUCUAUUACCAGCAGCUGAGUAUGGAGUUGAAACAAAACCUGAAGGACACCAUGACCCAGAAGUACCGAAAGCCGGGAGAAGAAGGCGUUACAAAUGCUGUGGACAAACUGCAGCAGGAGUUUAAGUGUUGUGGCAGCCAUAAUGCUUCGGAUUGGAGUGACAGUGACUGGAUCAAAUCCCCUGAGGCUUCGAUGAGGAAAUUUCCCGACAGUUGCUGCAAGACCCCAACAGACUUGUGUGGCCGAAGAGAUCAUCCUUCAAAUAUCUAUAAAGAGGGUGGCUGCAUCACUAAACUGGAAAAUUUCAUCCAAGAACAUCUGAAAAUUAUUGGAGCAGUAGGAAUUGGCAUUGCUUGUGUACAGAUAUUUGGGAUGAUCUUCACUUGCUGCUUGUACAGGAGCUUGAAAUCAGAACCCUACUAGGAGUCAAA